CUUGUCAAAACCACACUCCCACUGCUCUCACUUGACGGACUGUUCUACUUGUAGAACGUAAUCGGUCACCAUAGGAACCGGGACCGAUUAGGUGUCAACCCUUUCGAAAUUCAUGAGUGCGCUUUUUCAGAUUUUAUGCAGCUACCAAAGCAUGUUACGGAGAGGGAUAAUAACAAUGGACUAGCUUGCUAGCUAGAUCUCAACAAAUGUAUGGAUCCUUAGACUUCACUUGUGCAUUGUUGUACAAUUUCAGGGCUAAACUUCCUCGCCUGAAGAACAUCAUAGGGUGUUAUUAGCCAACAUGGCUGAGGACAGCGAGUGGGUUGUGGAGAGCAUCGCUGGAUAUUUGUCAAGUCCCGAAUGGGUCAUACCAGUUACGGACUUCAUGGAAAGCAAAUGUACAGUUUUUGACGACGAAGAUGAGAAUAAAUUGACUUAUACAGAUAUCCAUCAGCAGUACAAGCAUUUGGUGGAGAAGUUGUUAGAAACCUACAUGGAAGAGGUUGGCAUCAAUGAGCAGCAGUUUUUGGAGGCAUGCUCCUCUCCAUUCGCCAAGUCCAAAACCUUACAGGCUGUAUUCCAUCCCGUCCUGGCCACAGAUGACUUCCAGAUGUUCAGGGCUCUCAUGGUACAGAGGAAUAUGGAGCUGCAGCUCCAGGCGCUGCGUGUCAUUAAAGAGAGAAAUGGCGCUCUACCUGAGUGUCUCACAGAUGGAGCAGAUGUGAUGAGUGAGCUGGAGAAGCAGGAGCUGAGGAUUCUUCAGGAGGUGCUCAAGAUGUCAAAGGAUGAAUAUGACCAAGAGAUGGCUCUGAGACUGCAGUCAGAGGAGGAGAUUGGCUCCACGUCCAGAAGCUGCUCUGAUAGGCCACUUCUAGAAGCAGCCAGCAUCCAGACGACCGCCUCCACUCAACAGACAAACACCACCAACAAGGUGAACAGUUCAUCUCAGAGGAAAGAGCCUGCUGUAGCUGGAGGUGGUGGGCAGAUAAGUCCAGCCAAGACCAGCACAUCUGCCCUUUCUAAGUUGCCAUCAGAGCGGCACAGUGCAGAGCCAAGGAUCCUGCCUGCAGUGAGGGUUCCAGUGAAGGGCACCGAGCCUCCGGCUGUCUCCAGGGAGAAGGGGAGCAGCAGCCAGGCUGCAGAGGGCUGGAUAGAGGAGGCACGUAAGGAGGCUGGCAUCUCCAAGCCAUUCACAGAGUUGUCAGCAGAGCAGCAAGAGCAACUCCAGCAAAGGGCACUGUACCUGAGGCAGCAGAGGGACAAGCUUCAGGCCAUGAAAAAAGAGCAGAGACCCAAACCAGCCACACCAGAAACCCCAGCACCCACUCCCAGCACACCGAUAAUAAUGCACACCUCGGCUGAUGACUGCAUAGCACCUGGGGUCAACUCUGGUCUUCCUAUAUCAUUGUUUUUAGACGAUGGUCCCAAAAUGAACGGGGGUGGUGCUAGUAUAAAUGAAGAGAGGGUCAAUGCACCCCAGCCUGUGAGCUCUCCUUUGGGGGGACAGGAGAAGCAGCCCAAGGAGAUCUCUGUCGAAGAAAAAAAGAAGUUGCAGAAAAGAAAACAUCUGGCAGAAAAACUGAAAGAGGAAGUCAUCAAAAAGUAAAACUGCAAUAUAUCCCCCCCAGAGUGUAACUGUAGUCCAACUGGACCAUCAAUUCAUUGGGAAGCUGAGAUGGACUGUGCUUGUGAAGGGGCAACAGGAAAUGUGCAUUUGUAAUGGAAUGUAGUAUUUCAAUGGUUAUUGAUAGUCUUAAAGGGAAUGACACAUUGGUUUCCUUACCGUAUAAGCAGUCUAUGGGCAAGGUGACAACAAUCCAUGCUUUGGUUUAGUUUCCCUGGCACUGAUUUGGAAAUUAUGCACAAACUAUUCUAAUAUUGGUCCUAUGACUUGAAUAUGAUUUGUUCCACAAAUGGUUAAAUGUUAGCAUGUGUUAAUUGCUGUCAUACCUGGUCCAUAGACUGCUUACAGGGUAAGGAAACAAAUUUAAUUUUGUAAUUUGGGUGAACUAUCCCUUUGUAUAAUAUGUGGUUUAAUAAAUAUAUUUUUAAAAAAAAUGUAAAUUCUGCCAGAGAUCUUGUGUAAUAAACCUACUGGGCUGCGACAGGUGGUUAGCAUGAAAAGAUGGAAUUAACUAUCCAUGCUUGUAGAUAAGAUGCUCUGAGGUAUACAUCCUGUUAAGUGUGAAUAGGCAUUAGGAAAUGAUCAGCACACAAAUAUACAAACUUUACUGUAUAUGAAAAAUGUAAGGGUUGUAGUAUUAACACAAUUCAGAAAAAUAAGCAGGUUGUUCACACUUGUAUUGCAGGUUCAAAUCAAUGUAUAUAAACCCUGGAUUGCUAAUGCUAUGUAUUGACCAUUGAGAACUUUGAAGCCUCUGGUCGGCCGUAUUGGCACUCCUCCAUAGAAUUUUGGUAUUUCAAUUAAAUACAUGUAAUCUU